AUGGCACCCCCUAAACAAUCAUUCACUCCUACUAAUGGGAAGUGUCUUGGCCAUCGGGAAGUCUAUGCCAGUCCCGAUGACCACGUCAACCCGAAUGCCAACGUCUUUGAAGAAUACCAUUCCAGUCCUUAUCACGCGAACUCACCAUCCUUCUUUGAUGACGCUUUCUGCCGUUGUGACGAUUCGUCGCUUACACAGGAGGACAUUUUCGGUGCAAGGGUCGUCCACCGUACUGAGACGGAUAGGGACUCGGAAGAUAGUCGCCCCAAUUGUCAUGUUGAGGAGGACUCGAACCUCCAUGGCCCAGAAUCUUGGAUCACAAACCCCACUCAUCCUGUUGGACUCUUCGAUCCUCUCGCACUUGUUGGCUCGACUGUUGAUCCUAGACUUCUCUCUUCUGAUGGUUCGGCGGACAAUGAAACCCAUAUCAAACCUAACGCAACUGAGAGCGUGCUGUCGCAAACAGAAUCCACUACUGCCGACAGCAAAAUCGUGCAGGGUCAGAUCAAAGCCGAUUUCGAUGAGGAGAUGCUUCAAGAUGCCAUGGCCAUCCUAAAACUUCAAGAUCUGAUUGUCUUAAGCAAGCAAGAUCAAGCUCGCAUCAAGGACAUUCCUAUCAUGAUGGGCAAAUGGGCAACACAGAAAUUGGCGGAUACUGUCUCAGCCCUAGAGGACCAGUCUACUGUUGACGGUAUAUACAAACUUCACCAACUUUUACUGUCUCUCAUCAAAGACUACCUGACUAAGGCGACCUCUGAUUUCCUUCCACGAGCAUACCGAGGUUUUUCUAUGGUGGAUCGGGACUUGACUUAUACCGAACACCCAAGACCUGAGGGAGGGUUUGACCUGGAUCUUGUUGGCAAAUCUGGACGAAAGCUUCUUUUCUGGGCUUUCUUGAGACACGAGUUGAUGAGCAAGGUUCGCCUUUACGCCGCGAAUGUCGAUCAUUGCUAUAGGCCUCCAGUCGAACUGAGUCGACGAGAAGGCCGUAAGUUUCUACCAUGGGAGGACGAAGCCAUCAGUUUCAGCCUUGCAUUUGCGUCUCACACAACAACUCUCAGCAUUUGUCGCUGUGAGUAUUCACCAUCAUCGUCCCUCGCGAUGAAGAACGAAACCGAUUCAUGCUGGAACCAGAGUCAGAAGGCCAUCGCCCCUGACACCGGCAAGAGUCUCGAGGUCCAGCUCGUACUGUCUUUGGUGAUUGGUGUUUCUGCCUUCUUGCUCUUCUGUCUGACUCCAAUAAAGAUCCUACGCCCGCGAUGGCCCGCCCUUUACGCUGCGCGAAAGCGUCGCCUCGAUCACCACCUUGGUCUGCCUACCCUUCCAAAUUCGACGUUCGGCUGGAUCCCGGCACUUUUUAAAAUUACCGAGGAGCAGGUCCUGGCUUCCGCCGGACUCGAUGCUUUUGUGUUUCUGAGCUUCUUCAAAAUGGCCAUCCGACUCUUUAGCGUCAUGGCAAUCUUUGCGACUGUUGUUCUAUACCCAAUCAAUCGUGCAUUUGCGCAUGACGGCCGUAAGAAUGGCGGCAGUGGUAAUGAUACAUCUAUUAACCCGGCUUCAUUGUUCGGAACAGAUCAGCAGGUGUUCUCAGAUCCAAGCUUCUUCGACAUACUGAAGCACAAGGAUAAAACGGACAAAAGCUUGGAGAGGCAUUGGCUUUGGGCUUAUGUCGUUUUCACAUACUUCUUUGUUGGCUUGACGAUUUACUAUCUCAACCUCGAGACAUUUCGUGUCAUCAAAUUCCGCCAGGACUAUCUCGGAUCACAGUCCACUGUAACAGAUAGGACAUUCCGACUUACAGGUAUUCCCGAGGAUUUGAGAUCGGAGGAAGAUAUCAAGGAACUUAUUGAAAAAUUGGGCAUUGGAAAAGUUGAGAGAGUUCUGCUUUGUCGAGACUGGAAGAAGCUUGAUGACCUUGUUGAUCUGAGAGAUGCGACUUUGCGACGCCUGGAGGCUGCAUGGGCUACCUACCUCAAGCACCAGCGCAAAAAACAAAAAAGCAAUACGCCCCAAAGGAGAGACGGUAAUGGAGUGCCUCGCGACCAAGAAGAUGACGACCAAGCUGGAGAGAACGGACGCCUCUUGGACUCUCAACAGGAUCCAUGGGGUUCUGACGAUGAGGGCAGACCUAAAGUCAACAUACGCUAUGGAACCCUUGGUUUGCGAUCUCGCAACGUUGACGCCAUCGAUUAUUACGAGGAACGACUUCGAAGACUGGAUGCCCAAAUCACAGAGGCUCGCAAGAAGUCAUACGCACCAACAGAUAUGGCCAUUGUUACUAUGGACUCAGUAGCUUCUUGUCAGAUGGCUAUCCAGGCACGAAUCGACCCCAGACCAGGCCGGCUCUUGACCAAGUUAACACCAGCCCCUUCAGAUCUCGUCUGGAGGAAUACCUACGCUCCUCGCGGUAUUCGCCGCCUUAAAUCAUGGGCUGUGACACUGUUCAUUACGGCUCUCACACUCGCAUUCAUAUUUCCCACCAUUGGCAUCACGACACUGUUGAGCUACUGUACAAUCAGGGAUUACUUUCCAGCACUGGCCAAAUGGCUACAAGAGCACGGCGUUAUCUUUUCGUUUGUCCAAAACGGUUUGCCCGCUUUAGUUGUAUCGCUUCUUAACGUUGCUGUUCCGUAUCUAUACGAUUUCCUCUCCAACCACCAAGGAAUGAUUUCCCGGGGCGACGUAGAACUCUCUGUCAUCUCCAAGAAUUACUUCUUCACCUUCUUCAACACCUUUUUUGUUUUUGCGGUGUCAUUGACAGGAAUCAAUUUCUGGAGCCGGAUUCAGGAAAUUGCGAAGGACACAAGCAAAAUGGCGACUUAUAUGGCCGACGAUGUGGAGGCGUUAUCGAUUUUCUAUAUUUGCUUCAUCUUGCUACAGGGCAUUGGCCUCAUGCCCUUCCGAAUUCUCGAGGCGGGAAGUGUAUUCCUUCAUCCGUUCCUCCGAUGGCUUUCUAAGACGCCACGCGAUGCCCUUGAGCUCAAAAAACCCCCGGUAUUUCAAUAUGGCUUUUUCCUACCCACGGCUCUGCUCGUUUUCAACCUCUGUCUUAUCUACAGUGUCUUGUAUUGGGGAUAUGCUAUUCUCAUUGUUGGCACUGUGUACUUCUGUCUGGGCUACUUUGCUUUCAAGUACAUGGUACUCUACGCAAUGGAUCAGCCUCAACAUGCCACUGGAGGUGCGUGGAGAAUAAUAAGCUACCGUAUCAUCGUGGGGUUGCUCGUCUUCGAGAUUGUCAUGGCGGGCCGGAUCGUCACAUACAAGGCAUUCAUUCAGUCGGUGUGCAUUCUGCCACUGCUCCCCUUGACCACCUGGUACAGCUACUAUAUCAAGCAGCGAUUCGAGCCUCUGACCAAAUACAUUGCCCUUCGCGCUGUCAGGGCAGAUGAGGACCCAGAUGAUGCAGCUGCACUGGAUGACGCAUUUGAGAACGAGGACCGCCCUCGACCCUCACAGGCCAUUCUACGUCGCGGAAGUACCCUGGACGAGUACAAGGAAAAGGGAUUGCAAUUCGUCAACCCUAGUCUUGUGGCCCCACUUCCCCAGCCGUGGAUCUACGACGAGCCACCUCCACCCAUCCCCACGGAUGACACGCAGACAACAGAGGAGACUGAGCGCCCUGUUCUCCAGGGUGUCGAUAGCACACUAGGUAUAGGAGACGAAAAUGUGUGGAGAGACAACGGAGGAAAUAAUGUUUAA